ACCCUCGGCAAUGAUUUCGGUACACUACAAUCUACAUUUUCCGUUGAGACAUUGAGGCUUCUUUUCUGGGAAACACGAAGUAGAGAAGGAAAGCAAACUUUCACUGGCAAUUAUUGGCAACAUUAUUGGUUGCUUGUGCCUUGUAUAAAGUUGUCGGACAAAUUUUUAACGAAAGAAUAAUCUCGUAACGUAUUUCAUAGUUAACUUAAGUGUAACAAAAUGGCUAAAAGGAAGAAUAAGCCAUUGAUAGAUUCAGAUUCUAGCAGUGAAUGUUCAGAUUUGGACUCUCAAUUUCUAAACUUAGCAAAGAAGAAGAAGAAACCAGAUAAUUCUCCACCACAAUCUAAGCCUAAACCUAAGUCAUCAGGGAGUGAAUCAGACUGGGAUGAUGAUGACAAGAAAAAUGACAAAUCGUCGUCAUCCUCUGGCUCAGAAUCAAAUAGCGACGCAAGAAGUGACACAUCUAAAAAGAAAGAGCCAGCGAAAACCAGCAGGAAGAGUUCCUCAGACUACUCUGACGACAGGAAGAAGCCAGAGCCCAAACGCAGUGAAGUGAGACAGAGUACGGAGAGUGUUGACAGCAAAAAGAAAGAUGUUUACAGUGAACCAGAAGAAGGUGAAGUAUCAUCCCAUUCAUCAGACAAUGAUUCCAUAGACUCAGAGGAGGAAUUUGACGAUGGAUAUGACGAGAAUCUCAUGGGCGAUGAAGAGGACCGCGCGCGCCUGGCCGCCAUGUCGGAGAAGGAGAGGGAGCAGGAGAUAUUCAAACGCAUUGAGAGGAGAGACUUGAUGAAGACUAGAUGGGAGAUCGAGCGAAAACUCCGCUUAGCCAAGCGCUCAGCGGCCGAGCGUGGCGCGUCGCCGGGUGAAGUCGCUCGUCGACGUUCGGCUCGCAAGCGACGGCGAGCGUUGCGCGAGCAGCGAGCCAAGCAGGAGCAAGCGCGACAAGCGCAGGCGGCCAGAGAACGGGAGGAGAAGGAGAGAGAGAGGAGAGAAGAAGCAGAAGUAGAGCCACCGAAAGAGCCUGAAAGUAAGAAGGAGAAACCACCACAGAGCCCUGGAGAGAUUGAAGAUGACUCCAAAGAUGAAGAGCGGGACGCAGAGCGCUCCGCGUCGCCGCUGUUCGGCGCGAAGACGGAGCGCAAGCGCAACGUGGACGACCGGCGCGUGAACGCCAUGGCGGCGCUGCGCGCGCAGAGGGACGCGCGCGCCACCCGCGUCGAGACCAAGCAGAAGAAGCGCGCGCAGGAGCAGGAGAGGAAGGAAGAGGAUGACGACGCAGACGACGAAAUUAUAGGCGGCACAAGCAAACAAAGUGUCAAAUUAAAGGCGUCAGACAUUUAUUCUGACGACUCCGGAUCAGAAUCUGAAGACAACAAAUCCCAAGGUCGCAGAAGUUCAUCAAGCUCUUCCUCCUCUGACGCAGAAGAAGAAGAGAAGAAGCGAGAGCGGGAAGUCGUGGAAGUCAAAUACGCUGACACUAGGGAACAAAUCAACAAACUUAGACUUAGCAGGUUCAAAUUAGAAAGACUAGUACAUUUGCCCUUCUUCUCCCGCGUGGUGCAAGGCUGCUAUGUCAGAAUCGGAAUAGGGAAUAAUAAUGGCAAUCCAGUUUAUAGGGUAGCAGAAAUAAUAGACGUGUACGAAACGGCAAAAGUAUACAAUUUAGGCAAUACGAGAACAAAUAAAGGAUUCAAACUACGGCACGGCACGCAGGACAGAGUGUUCCGACUGGAGUUCGUCAGCAACCAGGAGUUCACAGAUAACGAGUUCCAGAAAUGGCACCGAGCGAUCAAGGAGGCGAACAAGAAGCCGCCCACCAUGGACUACGUCAGAAACAAGAUCACAGAGGUCAAAGACGCGCUUAUGUACGAGUUUAAGGAGGAAGAUAUAGAGAAGAUAGUAGCAGAGAAGGAGAGGUUCCGACCGCAUCCCACCAACUACGCCAUGAAGAAGACGCAAUUGAUGAAGGAAAGAGAUGUGGCGCAGUUGAGAGGUGACGAAGAGUCGGUGGCCGAUCUCAACGGCAAACUGCAGGAGUUGGAGGAGAGGGCCAGCGCGCUGGACAAGACGCGCACGUCGUCCAUACAGAGCAUCUCCUACAUCAACAACCGCAACCGCAAGCUCAACGUCGAGACCGCCGAGCGGGCCAUCAUGGAGGAGAUAAAAGCGAACAAAGGCAAGAAGACCGACGACCCGUUCACGCGGCGGCACACCAAGCCCGUCAUGAACUUCAAGUCGCACACCGGCGCCUCGCGCUCACAGGAGUUGAUGAACGAAGAAGCAGAAGAAAUGAAGUUGAGGGAAGAAGAAGAGAGGGCGGCCAAAGAACGACAAGAGACAGAAAGACUUGCACUACAGCACCAAGAGAGUGAGAUAGAGAAGCCGAAGGAGAAGAAGAGCAACCCCACGACUGACAGCAGCAGCUUGUACUCUCUGCACGACUUCGACAUCAACAUCGACAUCGACUUGCCCAUAUCCAAAUCAUCUUCAAAUCAAUCAAAACAGAACACGACGAAAGUGAAAGAAACGGGCCCCAAGCGCUCGCUCAAUUUAGAAGAAUACAAGAAACGCAAGGGAUUCAUAUGAGUGCGAGCGGGACACACAUACGCGAGUGUUAGUGACAGAGCGAGAUAGCAGCGUAAUUACUACGCAUACGAUGAAAUAAAUGCGAAAAAAAUGUACUUUUUAUAUAUAGUUUUUUUUAUAGUGAUAUUUGUUGAAUAAGCAGAUGGUUCACUUGAUGUUGAGUGUCAUCACCUUUAAUAUUACACAGACAUGCUAGAAACAUAUCCUAUAAUGAUCUGCCAUGCGUUUGAUAACUUGAGACGUAGAUGCCUUCUGUGCCUGUAAUACUGUCAACUUUCUGAUCGGAAUACAGCAAUGCUGUGGUAAAAGGUAUUAGCAAAUCAGCCCCUGUAGCCAAAUGGCACGUCGAUUCUAUUUCUACGAUCGCAAACGUUUCGAAAACUAGAAAAAUGUAUGCGAAUGACAGAUCUUGACCACGUGACCUGUCGAUAGCAACUGUCAUUCCCUUACAUUUUUCUAGUUCUCGAAGCGUUAGCGAUUGUAGAAAGAUUAUCGACGUGCUAUUUGGCUACAGAGGCUGUACUCUUUAGGAUACCUAAGCAUUGUAGAAAAAAAGUUCCUGUCUCGGGAUACUCGACAAAAGUGAUAACUUAAACCUGCUGCCGUAUGCGGGAGAGAAAGGGAAGACAGAGUGACGUAACGCGUUACGUUACGAAGAGGUUUACCCUGCUAUAAGAUGUUAUCACUUCAAAAGAGCUCUGUAAGUAAACAAUAUCGGUCUAAUUUUAAAUGGUUGCGUAAGGUAUAAUUUUUUUUUUACUGACACUUGAUUGGAUAUACCAUAGACAUUUUAAUCACAAGACCACAAUUUCGAACUUUAAUAACAUCCCCUGUUAUUUUGUUUAAUUUUGAAGGAAAUAAUACAAAAAUAAUUAUGCAAUUGACGGUUUCGACAAGCUGUAAAUAAUGAAAAUUGUUUUUGUAGUUAUUUUCUGAAAGCGAAAAUCUAUCCACCAAAUCUAAUAGAUCUCCGCGACGCUCGAGUUAGUACAUGUUUAGCAUCACCCCUACCAUAUAUGUUCAUCUGCCAAGUAGAUUUCCUGCGAAGUGUUGUUCUAAAGGUGACCACUUAAUAUCAGGUGUGUUAUCUGCUUGGUCCAUCACAAGUAGCAUGAAAAGAAUCGCUUAGCGGCUUCAUACACUUCACUAACACUCAUAUACAAUAGUGAUACAAUCUGUUAGUACAUAUUAACUUUAUUAUUGUUUUAAUAUGGACUAUGAGCCUGCGAUAGUUAGACUUACCACAUUUUAUGAAGGUUGACAAAGUUUGUCAGUCCGAUCUCCUACUAUAGGUGUGGUAGCUAAUUGUGGAAUUUGGCCUGUGGUGGCUAUGGAAGGUAACAGGUUUCUGGUGGCUCUGGAAGGUCCAAGAUUUCUGGUGGCUUUGGAAGGUAACAGAUUUCUGGUGGCUUAUGAAGGUUACAGGUUUGUGGUGGCUUAGGAAGGUAACAGAUUUCUGGUGGCUCUGGAAGGUCCAAGAUUUCUGGUGGCUUAGGUAACAGAUUUAUGGUGGCUUAUGAAGGUUACAGGUUUGUGGUGGCUUAGGAAGGUAACAGAUUUCUGGUGGUUUUGGAAGGUAACAGAUUUAUGGUGGCUUAUGAAGGUAACAGAUUUCUGAUGGCUCUGGAAGAUCCAAAUUUCUGGUGGCUUAGGUAACAGAUUUAUGGUGGCUUAUGAAGGUUACAGGUUUGUGGUGGCUUAGAAAGGGAACAGAUUUCUGGUGGUUUUGGAAAGUAACAGAUUUAUGGUGGCUUAUGAAGGUAACAGAUUUCUGAUGGCUCUGGAAGAUCCAAAUUUCUGGUGGCUUAGGUAACAGAUUUAUGGUGGCUUAUGAAGGUUACAGGUUUGUGGUGGCUUAGGAAGGUAACAGAUUUCUGGUGGUUUUGGAAGGUAACAGAUUUAUGGUGGCUUAUGAAGGUAACAGAUUUCUGAUGGCUCUGGAAGAUCCAAAUUUCUGGUGGCUUAGGUAACAGAUUUAUGGUGGCUUAUGAAGGUUACAGGUUUGUGGUGGCUUAGAAAGGGAACAGAUUUCUGGUGGUUUUGGAAAGUAACAGAUUUCUGGUGGCUUUGGAAGGUAACAGAUUUUUUAUGGGUUUGGAAGGUAACAGAUUUCUUAUGGGUUUGGAAGGUAACAGAUUUCUUAUGGGUUUGGAAGGUAACAGAUUUCUUAUGGGUUUGGAAGGUAACAGAUUUCUUAUGGGUUUGGAAGGUAACAGAUUUCUUAUGGGUUUGGAAGGUAACAGAUUUCUUAUGGGUUUGGAAGGUAACAGAUUUCUAGUAAAAGCUGUGGUACUUUCAGUUUUCAAUGUGGUAUGUCUUACUAUCGCAAGCCCUCGUUCUUAUAUAAUAGUUAAUUCUUUUCUCUUUUUUUAUAUGACACAACAUGUCACAAUUUUUGUAUAAAUGUGUUAUUUUAUAAAGACAAUGUCAGACUCAACUUGUUUAACGCGGUUACUGAGCAAUUUGUUGUUUUUUUUUUUACAAAAUCUUGUAUUGAUUUACUGGAAGCAAUUGAUGAUGGGUGAUUUUGAAAUCCUGGUUUGCUACCCUAUUUCCAAAAAGACCAUUCUGUAUUCGAAAUGUUUUAAACGUUAAGUUUUCAACUUUACAGUAUAAAAGUGAAUAAUAAUUACGUGUAUGACCUAACAAAUGCACUAAAUAAAAAUGACUAUGUGGUUAGUUAGUACGCCGAAGGUAGGUAAGUAGGAAGGUGUGAGAGGAUUACCAGAAAAAUCUCUCUAUAAUUUGCUUAAAGACCUUAAGCUGCUUUAGUAGGAUCUUACCAAAUUUGGCUUGGCAGGAAGAACAACACGAGCGGAGAAUCGGAGUGUUAGUUAACUGUCAAGCAAUUCUUUAACCCUACGUCCUUUGCUCACAAGUCCAAGAUUCGGUUCGGAGUAUUUCUCUGCCACGCGACGGCCCCGGCACCAGCAGGGUGAAUCCAUAGAAUGCUAUAUUUGUCUCACUAAAUUAACAUAAUGUUUGCUUAUACUGAGCAUAUUUGAAAUAAAUAAAUUUAUUGACUUAAUACCCAUAACCGCCGAUUUGAUUUUAGUACUUACCUAGAUCACAAUACAAUCACAUGAUUGUUAUUUCUUGAAAACAAUUAUUUUAACUAAAAAUUCAAAAUGUAUGUAAUAGCGUUAACACUGUUAAGUCUGCGCCUGUCUUUAUAUAUUUUUUAAAGUUAAGCCUCUUAUACAUUUUGACUGUUAUACAGAUUAUUGUUUUAACAAUAUUGAAUAAUAAUAAUGAAUAUUAUUAUAAUUAAUAGUUUUUAAUCUUUUUAUGCCUUUGUAUUGGUAGGAACAAAUUGACCUAAUGAUUUUAUAACCACCGAGCACAGGUCUACAUUAUGACAUGGUGGGUUUCACCUAUAUUCCCAUGUAUGGUUUAUAGUUUAUACCCACCAUUCCAAUAAACAAAAUUGAAGAUUCUCUAAUUAACAUUGUAAUUUAAUUUUGUACUGUUUUGGUUAAGUAUUUUCGGAAACUAAGGCGAACAGACAAACUAACAUUUUAAAUAAUAACAAACACAGGUGCAAUAUUCCAUCAUUUCCACGCCGUUCACUAGUUUCUGAGUUAUUGUGUAACAAAUAAGUUAUAUAAACACUAACGAGAUACACAAAAAAGAAAUCCAAGAAUUGAAAAGUGAAGAAAAAUUGGACAUUUUUUAGACAAUUUUUCAUUUUUUUAUUUGAAUUUUGAUUUGAUUUACUUAAAACGCUUUUUAAACAGAUACAUGAGGGUCAUUUUUAAUUCGAAUCCUCUUGGAACUUCAGAAAACUACAAAUCAUGGCACAAAGAAGAUCCUAUUCUCUCUUUGUU